UGCCAAGCAUUCCGCUCAGCCAGCCAGUGAGCAGGGGACUCCAUUCCAUGCCUAGGGGAUCCUUGGGCCCCAGGCACCCUCUCUCGCUGCACAGGCUGGUCCUGAGGAUGAGCCCCUGGGCACGAGGCACCCUUCUCCAAGCAGCCAGUGCUGGGGGAAUCCUCACUGGAGCCUUCUUGAUCCUGGGCUGCUGGGGGCUGUCGGACUUCCAGCAGAGCUUUCUGCAGGCUCUGGAGCCUGAGGAGGUGUCCUCCUACUUUGGUGCUGAUGCAGCCUUUGAAGUGCCCCAGUUCACCGUGGCUCCGCUCACCUGCAUGUGUGAGGAUCGGCUUUGGACAUUGGCCUGCAGGGCCCUGCGCUGCUCCUUGAGUGCCCCAGGAGCGCCCUUUGCCUUUUCCUUCCGGCCCAAACGAGGCCUCUGGGCUCCCUCCCUCCUCAGCGAGCACGCGGUGAACACCUCCUUCCGGUGGCUGAAGGGGCCCCUCAGCCACUGCUGCAUGAGGGGACGUGGCCUGCUGCCCCCUGGCAUGGUGGCCAGGGUCAUGUACUGCUCAGGUCACUUGGUGGGCGACAUUCAGGUGGGCUUGGGCAGACUGCAUGUCCAGCCGGUGAAAAGAAAGCACUGGACACUGGUGCCUCCCUGGAGGGGGGCCCAGCCCCACUUGAUCCACAGGCCUGCUGCCCUGGGGUCUAUGCAAGAUGAGGACCUGGGGCCUCCAAGGUGGGACAUGGCUGCUCCAGGACCAAGUGGCUCAGGGCCAUGGCUGGGAUCUGCAGCCUCCCAAGCCUGGCUGGCACUCUCCACUAAGCUGCAUUGGGGAGCGCCUGCCCCUGGGCUCUGGAGACCGACUCGGAGACGGAGGCGGGCAGCAGGGGGCGUCCUGCACCUGGAGCUGCUGGUGGCUGUGGGCCCUGAUGUCCACCAGGCUCACCAGGAGGACACCGAGCGCUAUGUGCUCACCAACCUCCACAUUGGCUCUGACCUGCUGAGGGACCCCUCCCUGGGGGUGCAGGUCCAAGUGUACCUGGUGAAGCUGCUCAUCCUCACCGAGCCCGAGGACGCCCCCAAUAUCACUGCCAACAUCACCUCGUCCCUGCGGAGCGUCUGUGAGUGGAGCCGGUCAGUCAACCCUGCGGAUGACAGGGACCCUGGGCAUGCAGACCUGGUCCUCUAUAUCACCAGGUUUGACCUGGAGUUGCCUGAUGGCAAUCGGCAGGUGCGAGGGGUCACCCAACUGGGGGGCGCCUGUUCACCCUCCUGGAGCUGCCUUAUCACAGAGGAUACUGGCUUCGAUUUGGGGGUCACCAUUGCCCAUGAGGUCGGGCACAGUUUAGGCCUGGAUCACGAUGGGGAGCCUGGCAGCGGCUGCCGGUCCAGUGGACAUGUGAUGGCGCCUGAUGGCCUGGCAACCACUCUCAGGGGCCGUGUGUGGUCCCCCUGUAGCCAUAGGCAGCUGCAGCAGCUGCUCAGCACAGGGUGGAUGCGCUGCAUGUGGGAUCCGCCAAGGUUGCCCGGAGGACCUGUGAGGCGCCUACCUGAUGCCCAGCCGGGCCUCUACUAUGGCAUGGAUGAGCAGUGCCGCAUAGCCUUCGGCCAGGCUGCUGUCGCCUGCACCUUUGCCAGAGAGGGGGUGGACAUGUGCCAAGCCUUGUCCUGCCACACAGACCCUCUGGACCAAAGCAGCUGCAGCCGUCGCCUUGUCGCGCUCCUGGAUGGGACAGAAUGCGGUGUGGAGAAGUGGUGCUUCAAGGGUCGCUGUCACUCCCUGGUGGAACUGAAGCCCAUGGCGGCUGUCCAUGGGUGCUGGUCCAGCUGGGGCCCCAGCAGUCCUUGCUCCCGCUCCUGUGGAGGAGGUGUGGUCACCAGGAGGCGGCGGUGUGACAACCCCAGGCCUGCCUUCGGGGGCCGGGCCUGUGCCGGGGCUGACCUGCAGGCCGAGAUGUGUAACACUCAGGCCUGCGAGAAGACCCAGCUGGAGUUUAUGUCCGAACAGUGUGCCCAGACGGACAGACAGCCACUGUCCCUGUCCCUGGGGGGCACCUCCUUCUACCACUGGGGUGCUGCUGUGCAGUACAGCCAAGGGGACGCUCUGUGCAGACACGUGUGCUGGGCUGUCGGGGAGAGCUUCAUUGUGAGGCGUGGAGACAGGUUCCUGGACGGGACCCGAUGUGUGCCCAGCAGCCCCCAGGAGGACGGGACCCUGAGCCUGUGUGUGCUGGGCAGCUGCCGGAUGUUUGGCUGCGACGGCAGGAUGGACUCUCAGCAGGUGUGGGACGUGUGCCAGGUGUGCGGAGGGGACAACAGCACAUGCAGCCUCCAGAAUGGCUCUUUUACAGGGGGCGCAGCCAGAGAAUACGUCACGUUCUUGACUGUCACUCCCAACAUGACCAGUGUGCACAUUGUCAACCGCAGGCCCCUCUUCACGCACUUGGCGGUGAAGAUUGGAGGACGCUAUGUGGUAGCGGGUGAAGCUGGCCUCGCACCCAGCACCACCCACCCUUCCCUGCUGGAGGACAGCCGCGUGGAGUACAGGGUGGCCCUCACCGAGGACCAGCUGCCCCGCCAGGAGGAGAUCCGCAUCUGGGGAGCCGUCAGGGAAGACGUGGAGGUCCAGGUGUACAGGCGGUACGGCGAGGAGUAUGGAGCGCUCACCCACCCGGACAUCACCUUCACCUACUUCCAGCCCAAGCAGCAGGCGGCAUGGGCGUGGGCCGAGGAGCGAGGACCCUGCUCGGUGAGCUGUGGGGCAGGGCUGCGUUGGGUGUCCUACGGCUGCCUGGACCAGGCCCAGAACGUGUGGGUGGAGGCCAGCUGGUGUCAAGGGAGCCCCAGACCUCCUGCCUGGCCAGAGGCCUGUGUCUCCGUGCCCUGCCCCCUGCGACAGGAGGUGUCAGAGCCUGACCUGUGCACGGCGGCGACCUGUGGACCCGGCCCGGCCUCACUCAAUGUGACAUGUGUGCAGGUGGCAGGUGGCCCGGGCUCACCCGCAACCCCAGGUCCCUGCACCACCCAUGAGAUGCCAUCUACUAGCGAGACCUGUGUUGGGACGACAUGUCCUCUGGCCUGGGCUCAGCUCUCAGCCAAUCCCACAGAGGACACUGCCACUGCCAAGGGGACUGCAGAGGCCAAGCUGCAUGCCAUGGCUCCAGAGGAGGAGGCUCCAGCUGUACCCAUGUGGACCCCUGUGCCGGGGCUGUGCUCCGUCUCCUGCGGGCAAGGACUGGUGGAGCUGCGCUCUCUGUGCGUGGACCCUGUCCUCAGGACACCUGUCCAGGAGAAGCUGUGCAACUUGGCCAGCAGGCCUGGGAGCCGGUGGGAAGUGUGCUGGGCUGGCCCAUGCCCCGCUCAGUGGAAAGUCCUGUCCCUUGGCCCAUGCUCAGCCAGCUGUGGCCUUGGCACUGCGAUGCGAGUGGUGGCUUGUGUGCAGCUGGACCAAGGCCGGGACACUGAGGUAGACGAGGCAGCCUGUGUGGCUUUGGUGCGGCCACAGGCCAGCGUUCCCUGUUUCGUUGCUGACUGCACCUACCAGUGGCACGUCAGCCCCUGGACGGAGUGCUCUGCCUCCUGUGGGGAAGGCAUCCAGCGACGGCAUGACACCUGCCUAGGACCCCAGGGCCAGGCGCCCCUGCCGGCCAGCUUCUGUCAGCACUUGCCCAAGCCAGCAACGGUGCAGGGAUGCUGGGCUGGGCCCUGUGUGGGGCAGGGGGCCCCCAGCCUGGUGCCCCACGGGGAUACCACCACUCUCGGCCCGACCACGGCUACCACCGCUCUGGCACAGCUCAUGACCCCAGCACAGGCCCGCCCCACCCCCCCAGCUGCUCAGCUUCCAGGGCCCCAGGGGAGCACGGCGGAGACCAGUGCUUGUGGCAGGCAGUAUCUGGAGCCCAUAGGAACUAUCAACAUGCGAGGCUCUGGGCAGGCAGACUGUUUGGUGGCCAUUGGGAGGCCCCUGGGUGAGGUGGUGAUCCUCCAGGUCCUCGAGAGUUCCCUCAACUGCAGUGCAGGGGAACUGUUGCUGCUCUGGGGCCGGCUCACCUGGAGGAAGGUGUGCAGGAACCUGGCUGGAAGGACUUUUGGCUCCAAGACCAACACACUGGUGGUGAGACAGCAUCGCCUGUGGCCAGAGGGUGGAGUGGUGCUGCGGUACGAGAGCCAGCCUGCCCAUGAAGUCUUCCACAGAGAAUGUGACACACAGCUCUUCGGACCCCAGGGUGACAUCGUGAGCCCCCUACCGAGUCCAGACGAGAGGACUGCAGGCACCUGCCGGGUCUUCAUCAAUGUGGCACCACAGGCCCGCAUCGCCAUCCACAUCCUGGCCACCAGCAUGGGCACUGGGACCAAUGGCAGCUCUGUCUCAAUCCGGGAUGUCCACAGCCCUCGGGCCACAACCUUCCGUGGGCAGCAGGCACUCUACUGGGAGUCGGAGGGCAGCGAGGCUGAGCUGGAGUUCAGCAAGGACUUCCUGGAGGGGCAUGCUGGCCUGAGGGGCCGCUACUGGACCCUCCCCUCGAGGCUGCUGGAGGGGUCCCUGCCCUAGCCGUCUCUCCAUGCAGCAGCAGGGAAGGCAGGGUGCCGGUGCCUGACACUUCCUGAGCCCGUCAGGGUCCCACCAGGCCUGGGGGUUGAGCUCUGCUCUGGACGGGCAUUCCAGCUCUAAUUUACACAGGUCUUAGGGAUGGAUUCUCCUUGAGAGUCCUCUCCAGUGUGCACAAAGGUAGGCGUGGGAGGUGCAGACAGCGUCUCAGGUACCAAUAAAGGAAGCAGGAAGCCUGG